CCCGCCAACCUUGUUCCUGCUACAGAACAGAAUAUAGCAGAAACGUACAGACAACACUGGCCUCAAAUCCGGACCCGAUUUAGUCGCACAAACAGACUACAAGAUUGGUAUAAUUUCCGCCUGUCCACCAUCAGUCCUUCAAGCCUCCGAGAACAACUGAACCGCAUUUUUGCUGAUCAGCCUACUGUGUUUAAAGUGAACUUUUCCUUUGGUUUUAUUCUCCGUAAUACAGAGGCUGGGGCCCUCCAGUAUCAUCAUCCAUCCGCAAACAACCAUUUGGUGCUAGAACAACCGUUCCUGAUUUCAAGUCCAGACGAUUUAGAGCGCCUAUAUCAGCAGAUAGCGGAGAUCGAUUUCCUGGAGUGGGUGCGGCAGCAGCGACCUAACAGUAAAUGGGUGGUGGAUCUCAUCACGAAUGUUACCUGGUUUGUUUGGAAGAUUCGAGACCACCCGAUCGGCCGUGGCAAAUAUCUACCAGGUUAUAUCGCCGACAACUACGGUCUUGACGCGCUGGAAAAUAAUGCGAAAACCGGUAAACCGUACGAAGAUAAUCUGUGUUUCUUCCGCUGUCUGGCUCUCCACAAUGGUUGCCAUACUAAGAACCUAGAAAGAGAUACCAAGUACUAUUACCAACAGUAUCGAGAAGCUGGUCUCGCUAAAAAGAAAUUUCAUGGUGUCAAGAUAAGUGAACUAGACUACCUAGAAAAAUUGUAUGAACUGAAUAUUCAAGUAUACAGUCUCGCGCCUACUCAGAGCCACAGUGAAGACGAAGAAUGAAGAAAAUACUCCCGAGAUUGCCGCCACCCUGCUUCGCCGCUCACAUCGCCACUACUCCAGCACGCUUUACUUGAACUUGUACGAAAACCAUUUCUCGUAUAUUAAAGAUCUCGCCCGGUACAGUAAAUCCUUCUGCUGUUCAAGAUGUGGCAAGUACUGGAAACGCGCAAGUAAUUUAAGGCAACAUGAGAAAACCUGUGACGGCAAAGUCCAGCUGAAGUACCCUGGCGGAGCAUAUCACGUCCCUAAAACAGUGUUUGAACAACUAGAAGACGAAGGUAUUGUCGUACCAGAAGAAUGGCGGUACUUCCCUUACCGCGCCACCUACGAUUUUGAAUGUUACUUUGACAAGGAAAAAGCGCAAGAACUGAAGAACACAGAAAAAUUGAACUGGGAAUCGGCGCAUGUUCCCCUCAGUGUGAGUGUGUGCAGUAACGUGCCUGGUUACCAAGCACCGAAAUGUUUUGUGUCUAACGGCGACCCAAACGUGUUUAUUACAGAAUUUAUGCAGUACCUCACCAAGAUAAGCCUGAAAAGUUCUUCUAUUCUCCGUGAACAGUUUGCACCUGUGUUUGAAGCACUGAAGCAAGUACCUAACCGCGAUGACUCAACAGAAGACCGAUUAGCGCAAAUACUUGUUGAUAUCUAGGAGGGUAGUCAGCAAGCUGAAAGUGAAGAAGGGGAAGAUAAUGAUGAAGAAUUAAGUGACAACGAAAGAGAUAUCGAUUUGAUGGCAAGUGAUGACGAUGACGACGAGGAAGAAAUCGAACCGGAGAAUGAGGAAGAUCGCGCGUUUCUCAAUGAUGAGGUAACAGAAAACGACCCUUCCUUUUACAGAAGACUGAACGUUGAGUUGGAUACUGAGAGGAGACAAGAGAGGAGACAACAGCGAGAUGAGCUAGCCCAGUACGAAGAUGUGUUGUUUGGUCAAGAGCAGACUAGCGACAACAAAGUCUUAACAAAGCUAGCUGAAAAACUGAACGCAUACUUACAAGAACUGCCCGUGCUAGGCUUCAACUCUGGCAAGUACGAUCUCAACGCUGUGAAAGAAUUUGUAUUUCCCUACCUCAUUGAGUCUCAACCCAUCAAGUUCACUGUCAAAAGAAACAGCAACCAUAUGUGUCUCAAG